AUGCGUGUCGACCCAAAAUUCGGGUCGGGCACUAUUGUUGCUGACAACUUAACAGCAGAUGAUUUUCUCGCCAUGGUGGAGGAUGGCAAUGCACAUUUUGGCGGCGGCGGCUGCAUGAUGCUCUGUGCGACUCAGCCUUUCCCCUCCUCAUCAACUCUCGUUUCGCUCUUCGACGUAUCUGCUCGUUCCGAUCUUCUGACACCAGCCAUGGAUCGAAUAGCGCCUCCAGAAAGCCAGUGGCAUGGCAUCUCCGUCAACGACACAUAG